GAUCCAUGACAUGACCAUAUUAUCCACCCCUAAUCUCGGUUCGGUAGUUCAGUAGUUGCUUCACACUCCUAUUCCGUUCCGUUUCCGUUCCAUUAAGAAACGGAUAGCCGUCACACUAUCCUACUCUACAUUCAACAAACUGCCCUUACUCUUUUUUUCUUUUUCCUUUUUCUGUUAAUUCUUACGUGUGUGUGUGUGCGCCAUCGUCACCAUCCAUCUCAAAUCGAAGUCAUGAGCCCUGAUGGAUCAGAUUGAUCUAGAGAAUUGAGCUCUAUAAUCAAAAGAACCAUCAGUCUUGAUGGAAGUUAUAACCUCCUACUUCUUAAACCCAAUAGACAAGUUUGACAACAACAACAAAACCCAGCAUUUCCCAGAGGCUUAAUAAUAAUAUUAUCAUACAAAAUAAAAUUUAAAAACAAAAAAACAGAAAGGAAAGAAACGCGUUUCAAGUUAAUUUCUGUUAUGUGAAUCAGAGCGGUUUUACGGUUCAUGCAUGUCGCCAACCCAACCCCCCCACCCCAUUCUUCAACCCCCCCUCUCUCCCUUCCCAUUCUCAAAUUCACACAAUCCAUUUCUUCUCUCUCUCUCUAACUCCAACUGAUCAUCAUCGUCGUAUGAUGAUCAUCAUGAGCGUGAUCAACAGUGAUGAGGAUCGAGUGAAGGGGUCGUGGAGCCCACAAGAGGACUCCACGCUCAUCAAGCUGGUGGCCCAGCACGGCCCACGCAACUGGUCCCUCAUCAGCACCGGCAUCCCCGGCCGCUCAGGCAAGUCCUGCCGCCUUCGGUGGUGCAACCAGCUCAGCCCCACCGUCCAGCACAAGUCCUUUACGCCGCAAGAGGACAACAUUAUCGUCCGGGCCCACGCCCUCCACGGCAACAAGUGGGCCACCAUCGCCCGCCUCCUCCCCGGCCGAACAGAUAAUGCCAUCAAGAACCACUGGAACUCCACGCUACGGCGUCGUCGCCAACUCGCCGAGUUGUCGUCCGCGUCGUCCGAUUCCAACUCGGUCGCACAGAUCAGGUACGAGCCGGGCAUGAAGCGGCAGUGCCUGAGGGCGUCGCCGGAGCCCGAUAGCUUUAAAGCGGACGUGGGAGGGGACGGGGUGGUAGAAACGUCGCUGACGCUGUUGCCACCUGGCGAGAAGGAGGAAAACGAGGUCAUUUUGAAGAGCGAGGAUCAUGAUGACGAGGGAAAAUGUGCUGUGGAGAUGGAAGAGACGUGUUUGCUAACGAUCAUGCAGCGGAUGAUAGCCCAGGAGGUGAGGAAUUACGUUGAUGGCUUACGGGCCGAGGCUGGACCCACGUCGUUUGGGCUUCAGUCAGCAGGGCUCCAAAAUGAUCCGUAACGCUUCAAUAUUUUCUAUUUUGCACUCUUCAGUUUUCAAUAUCUUUUGGUCUCUGUUGGGUUGUGAAUUCUCACUUUCAAAAUCGGCGUGAACUUGGAA